AUGUUGUUUAGUAAAUCUGUGCUAACUACUUUGGCUUCCACUCUUUUAGCCACUACUACUUUAGUUGCUGCUGAUGAUUUACCAGCUAUCGAAGUCGUAGGUAAUAAAUUCUUUUAUUCCAACAAUGGUUCUCAAUUUUAUAUUAGAGGUGUUGCUUACCAAGCUGAUACUGCUAAUGUAACUUCCGGUUCAACUAUUAAUGAUCCUUUAGCUGAUUAUGACAGUUGUUCAAGAGAUAUCCCAUAUUUACAAAAAGUUGAUACUAAUGUUAUCCGUGUUUACGCAGUUAACACAACUUUAGAUCAUUCUGAAUGUAUGAAUGCCUUAAAUGAUGCAGGUAUUUAUGUUAUUGCAGAUUUAUCAUCUCCUGAACAAUCUGUUAAUAGAAAUGAUCCAACCUGGACUGUUGAUUUAUUUCAACGUUAUAAAGAUGUUAUUGACAUGUUCUCUAAUUACACUAAUGUCUUAGGUUUCUUCGCAGGUAAUGAAGUUACUAAUAAUAAUACUAAUACUGCCGCCUCUGCAUUCGUUAAGGCUGCUUUAAGAGAUUCUAAACAAUAUAUUAAAGAUCAAGGUUAUAGAAGUAUUCCAGUCGGUUAUUCUUCAAAUGAUGAUGAAGACACUCGUGUUCCAAUGGCUGAUUAUUUCGCUUGUGGUGAUGAUGAUGUUAAAGCUGAUUUCUAUGGUAUUAAUAUGUAUGAAUGGUGUGGUAAAUCUGAUUAUAAGACUUCUGGUUAUGAAGAUAGAACAAGUGAUUUCAAAAAUAUCAGUGUUCCAAUUUUCUUCUCUGAAUAUGGUUGUAAUGAAGUUACUCCAAGAUUAUUCACUGAAGUUCAAGCUCUGUACGGUGAAAAUAUGACUGAUGUUUGGUCUGGUGGUAUUGUCUACAUGUAUUUCCAAGAAACUAAUAACUAUGGUUUAGUUUCUAUUGAUGGUACUUCUGUUUCAACAAGAGAUGAUUUCAACAAUUACUCAAGUGAAAUCCAUAACAUUUCUCCAUCUUCUGCCAACACUGCUUCUUAUUCCGCUACUUCUACAAGUUUAGCUUGUCCAACCAACAAUAAGAAUUGGGCUGCCGCUACUGUCUUACCACCAACUCCAGAUGAAGAUUUAUGUUCCUGUAUGAAUGCUGCUAACACUUGUGUUAUCUCUUCUGAUGUCUCUUCUGAUGAUUACGCUGAUUUAUUCGAUUACGUUUGUGCUUACGUUUCUUGUGAUGGUAUCUCAGGUAAUGGUACUUCCGGUGAAUACGGUUCUUACUCCUUCUGUUCUGCUGAAGAACAAUUAAACUUCGUCUUAAACUUAUACUACGAAUCCAACGGUGGUUCAAGUUCUGAUUGUGACUUCAGUGGUUCUGCUUCUAUUCAAUCUGCCGUUACUCAAGAUGGUUGUUCUGCUGCUUUGAAAGAAAUUGGUUCCAUUGGUACUAACACUGCUAGUGACUCUGCCACUUACUCUUCUGGUUCUGCUUCAGGUUCUAAGACCUCAUCUGGUUCUAAGACCUCAUCCGGUUCCAAGACCUCAUCUGGUUCCAAGACCUCAUCCGGUUCUUCUUCAUCUCAAACCUCUUCAAAGAAGAACGGUGCAGUCUCUCAAAAUGAUUUAGGUUUCAUUCAAACUUUAUUGACUUCCUUCGGUACUAUCUCCGUGGUUGCCAGUUUAGGUUUUGCCUUAUUGUAA